AACUUUUUUUUUUCGAAUGAUAGGGAUACAACUAGAUACCAAACUACCUCUAGUUCAUUAAAAAAAGUUAAAACUUGCAUUACUCCUUAUUACUGUAGAUUUAUUUCUUAUAUAUUUUUAUCGUAUUCCAUAAGAAAAUACAUUUGAGACACACACAACUCCAUUAGAAAAGUCUGGCCACUAGCUGCCUAUGAAACGCAACCUCAAUAUUGUCCACGAGCUCCGAUUGCCGAGUGCAGUGUGGCCUUCUUAUAACCCGUUUGGAAUGCAUAUUCACCCAAAAUCCCUGAAAAACAGUAUAUGCACAUCAAACUUGUUUACUUGUUUGUUUCGAGAACAACCUUAUGUUAAGGGUAUAAAUUAAUUAUCAUAAAAAUACCUACCGAUUUUUUUUAGUUUAUUCAAUUACAUUAAUUUUUUAAAAUUUUAGUAUUAUUAGUUAAACUAAAGAGCAUCCGUGUAUAUCCUUAGAUUCACUAAUUUGCACUCUAUCUUAUUCAUUAUUUGGGUGGUCAUUGUCAGUGAUAGAAAACUUUUGCUAUGUUGUCUUCCAAAAAAAAAAUUUUCGCUAUGCCUUAACAGUUCGCACUGUCCUGAGCCCCUUCAGAACAAAAUUGGAAGGAAGCCAGGGGCAUAAGUACAAAACUUUCAAACAAAGUAACAAACCCUAGCCGUCCGAUCGUGCUACCUCUCUAUAUAUUGCCACUCGUUCCCAACGUUUCACAUCCAAAUCUAGGGUUUUUAUCCUCCUCCUCCUCCGCCGCCGCCGCCGCUCUCACCGCGCCGCCGGACUCUCCCCCGUCCUUUCCCCAAUGGCGACUCACGCGCAGACCAGCAAGAAGCGGAAGUUCGUGGCGGAUGGGGUGUUCUUCGCGGAGCUAAACGAGAUGCUGACCCGCGAGCUCGCGGAGGACGGCUACUCCGGCGUCGAGGUCCGCGUCACCCCAAUGCGCACCGAGAUCAUCAUCCGCGCCACCCGCACCCAGAACGUCCUCGGCGAGAAGGGACGGAGGAUCCGGGAGCUGACUUCGGUGGUGCAAAAGCGCUUCAACUUCCCAGAGGGCGGCGUGGAGCUCUACGCCGAGAAAGUGAACAACCGCGGCCUCUGCGCCAUUGCUCAGGCCGAGUCCCUUCGCUACAAGCUCCUCGGUGGGCUCGCCGUCCGAAGGGCUUGUUAUGGUGUUCUCAGGUUUGUCAUGGAGAGCGGUGCUAAGGGCUGCGAGGUUAUUGUAAGCGGCAAGCUCAGGGCCCAACGCGCUAAAUCCAUGAAGUUCAAGGAUGGGUACAUGAUUUCUUCUGGUCAUCCUGUCAACCUUUAUAUUGACUCAGCUGUGAGGCAUGUUCUUCUGAGACAGGGUGUGCUGGGUAUCAAGGUUAAGAUUAUGCUUGACUGGGAUCCAAAGGGCAAGCAAGGGCCAACCAUGCCAUUACCUGAUCUUGUUACAAUUCACCCUGCUAAAGACGAGGACGAACUCUUGAGGCCUCUUGCAGCAGAAAUCCCAAUUGCUUGAAGUAUCCAAGUUUAGGUGAACCGAUGCUUGUGAUCCAGUUUUUGCAUCUGUGUAUUUUUUUAUUAUUAACAUUCUCACAAGUAAAAAGAGCUUUACUUUUUAAAGUUGCAAACAGUGGCAAUCAAUAUAAUUUUUUCUUUCCUCA